AUGGUGUCUCCUCAAGUGACCAAUCUGGUCAUCAUUGUGGUGAUGAUGCAGCUGGCUAAGAAGGUGCCAUUUGAGGAUCCCGAUGUUCUCCUUCUUGUCCGUGGGAUGUAUGUCCUGUCUAAUGUCAUCAUCUUGGCGAUCUAUCUUUACACGCAGUCCAAAAUAAAUAGCAAAAAGGACUUGACUACUCUCAAGUACGUUGAGCCUGCGCCUAUGGGAAGCAACGAAGAACCUCGCCCUGUGACGACUACCAACAUGGAAUACGAUAAGCAACAGUUACGCCAGCUGUUUAAGGGACAACUGAUGGGUGUAGGUAUGAUGGGAGUGAUGCACCUGUACUUCAAGUACACCAACCCUCUUCUGAUCCAGUCGAUCAUUCCACUUAAAAGUGCUUUUGAAUCAAACCUGGUCAAGAUCCACGUUUUUGGCAAGCCUGCUACCGGUGACCUCCAACGUCCCUUCAAGGCUGCCAACAGCUUCAUGAACCAGGGUCAAGUCAAGAGCGACAAGGCCUCCGUUGAGAACGCGGAGAAGAACUGGAGAGGCGGUGUCAAGGAAGAGUAA